GCAUUAUUAUUAUUAUUAGGCAUCUCGGUCAAGAUAUACUGCUGCUGGUUUACCAAUAGAGAGCAUUGAAGUGCUAAAUCCAUCAAUGACUCCUACACCUACAACCAGCCCUACUGAUGAUGAGGGACUUUCUGCUGGAGAAAUAGCAGGAAUAGUAAUAGGAUCAGUGAUUGGAGCACUCCUUCUCAUAAUAAUACUUGUCAUAAUCAUCUACUGCAUAUGUAAGAGGUUUAGAGGGACUGGUCGUUAUGCUUUUGUCGAGAAAGGGAUCCCUCCUAAAGUUCAAGAUGAUGACUUUACUGUUCAAAACGUGUACUACGAACCUAGACCUCCUAGCCCUGAUGAAGGUUCAGUUCACAGUAUGAAGUUGAAAUUUGCUCAAGAAUCUGAGAGCAGUGGAGGAGAAGAUGAUGAUAAUGAUGCUGAAGGAUCUGAUGAAGGGCAAAAGGAGAAGAAAAGAGUCAGCCAGGCUGCUGGUGGCUUGGAGAAGGAAAUGCUUGAGAUGUCCGAAGAGACCCAUCUCUGAUGACAGUUUUAUUUAAUUAAUAGAUUAAUAAUCGUAAAUAUUUUGCCAUGCAUGCAUGUACUAGUCUGUGUCUACUGUCAGAGAUUUAGUUUAAUUUAAUACUAUAUCAUUUUCAUUUUUAUUUUUAAGAACCGCCGAUCAAAA